CAAAAACAACAACAAAAACAGCAGCAAGCUACAAAAAGAAAAUCAACACGUUCCAACUGCAACCACGAAGACAGCAACAGCAGCAGCAGCAACAACAAUUAAAUCGAUGUGAAAUCAAAUCCUAUUGCAGCGCAAGUGCAACAAAUGGACAAUAGUCUUCGAUUUGCAAGUGGCUGCAUUGUUAUUUUUAUUGUUUUUUUUUGCCCGAAUUCCAGCCUCCCGUUUGUGCCAAUUCACACAUACACGCACCCACAGUCACACAAACACGCCUACACUUUUGCGCGCUCCUCUUCCAACACUUCCCUUUCAUUGCCUCUUCCCCUCUCCCUGCCUACCUCCCUACCUUAUCCUCUCUCUCAGUCUUUCUUAUUGUAAGCAAGCAUUCCCACUCAAAUUUCAACUCCGCUUUUGAGCUUUAAGCUCCUCUCCAAACACCCCACCCCAAAACCUGCAAAUUAAGCGAUAACAAAUUGAUAAUCGAGUGAAAAAAAAGAUUAAAAAUACAAAUAUUAAGUUAAUAAAACAACAGAGCCAAGGCGAGAAUCCUUUGAGUGCAUUUAAGAGCGAUGCAGUAUAGGCCACCAUGGGUUCACAAACCUUGGAGAUACUGCGCCAAGGCGUGUGGGCCUCGCUGACCGGCGGCUAUUUUUAUGAUCCGCAUCAGGGCGUAUUCUGCAAUGUUGUCCAUUUGUAUUUAUGGCUCUAUCUGCUUUGUUCGCCCUUUGUUGCCUACCUGUAUUUUCCGAGCACAUGGCUAACCUGGUGUCUGUAUUGCGUACUAACCAGCUGCACCAUAUUGCUGGUGAAGCUGGCAAAUUUGGCAUUGCAUCGCCUCUACGAUCGGGCCCAAACCAUGUCCGAGGCGAACCUGAAGAGUCAUUUCUUCAAGGUCACCAAGGAGAUGGAGACACGCGAACCGGACGAAGAGAACGGCAUCGAAAUGAAAGUAAUGCGCGCUAUAGCCGGGGACGGAUCACGCUUAUCUAUGGAACAGCCAAUCAAUGAAGCCAGCGAGGAGAAUAGCAUUAUGUCCAUAGACAAUGCCAAUAGCAUUAUAGAUCUCAAGGUUGAUGUGCAUCGCAAGAACAGCUCCGAGUCCAUUGAGUUAAUGUUUUAUGCCCCGUCAAUGCUAUCUGGCGGUAGUCAACAGGAUCAGCAAUCGCUUGCGGGCUCCGCUAGUGUUAGCAAGUCCAUAAGAUCAGCAGCUGCAACAAAUCCUGGUUAUGCCAAUGAUUUAUAUAGCAAAUACCUGACAGUUUAUCCCGAGCUUGUGGAACUUGUGGUGCCUGCUAAUUCGGACGAUAACGAGGAGGCGGCAGCAGCUGGAGGAUCAACCGGAGCGGCUGCAGCAGCAGCAACACCAUCGACUACAGCAACAUCAACAGGAGGAACUGCUGGAACCGGGUCUGGAACAGUAGCUGUAGCCGGAGCUGGUCGCACGGGACGCCAUCUGUUUAGUCGCCGUCAUCGGCGUCAGCUAGAGCGACAGGCGAGCCUGGAUGCCAGCAGUGCUCUAGAUGAUAUGCUAAACACGGAGCUAAUGCGAAAUCAAUCGGAUACGAUAGCCACAACAAGAUCCGCGGCAACAGCAGCGGCUGCGUCACCCAGCUUCUUGCACACGAAAGCAAUGAGACCAGGUCAUAAUUCCCGUCAGCUUUUCAUGGUUAACCCAGCGGGAGGAGCUUCAGCGACAGCAGCCACUGCGAAUGGGAGUGGAGCUGGCACUGCAACUGGAGCUUCAACUGGAGCUAGCAACGAUGGCUGCUCCGCAUCGUCUUCCUCAUCGGUGUUGCUUGUCCAGCAGCCCCAAACACGUUCCUUGCGAUUGCAGCGACAUCGCAGCUCUGAAACGCACGAAGAGCGACUGAAGCAUCAAAGCCGCAUCGGAUUGUUUCAAUCGAUGCAGCAAACAUUGCUGCAGCAUCAGCAGCAACAUUUCCAGCAACAACAGCAAAAGCAACUGCUCAAGCAACAGCAAAAGCUGCAGCAUCAACAGCAGCUGCAACAGCUCCAGCUCGAGCAGCAGCAACAUGCUGCCGAACAGCAGCAGCAGCAGCAGCAGCAGCAACAACAGCAGCAGCAGCAGCAACAAAAUGUCGAUGUGGACGAUAUGGAGCUGGCCUUGGCGCUUAGACGCAUAUCGAUAUUGGAUUCCUCUUCGGAUGUUUACUUGGAGGAUGACAGCUAUACCAAAUCAGACUUGGGCAUUGAGCAGCAGUCGUUGCAUCAGGCGACAUUUCGUGCCCAGCAGCCUCACUCGCACCACCAUCAUCAUCAUCACCACCACCACCAUCAUCAGCAGCUGCACAAUCACCAUUUGGUGCGCAAGGACCGAAAUAGCACAAUGUCUGCACUGCAGCUCUGUAAUUCGACUCAAUUGACGGAGCCGAAUCGUUCGGCGAAUGCAAUGAAGCGGCGCAGACAUUCCAAUGCCACAAGCUAUCAAAAGCAGAGCAGCAAUCCUAACUCCAGCUCCAAGACUACAUUGUUGAAUUCAUCGUCAAACAGUCAAGGUGGCGGUGGAGGUGUGCGUCGCAUUAAGAGCGCCGCCCUGGAGGUUCUCUGCACGCAGCCAUCAGUCUCGAAUUUAAGUCCGCAUCCGAAUAGCGUGGAGGCGAUCAGUGGGCAGCAGCAGUUGCGAAAUCCAUUGCCGCCGCCCAGCAAAAGUCUCGUGCGCAAUCAACAUUUGAAUCUAAGACUAGACCAGAACUAUGCAGAGAGUGCAACUGGCGGACCUGGAGCCAUUGGCAGCUGCAGCAGCGUCAUCUUUGGCAGCUCUAGCGCCUGCGGGUCGACCACCGCUCUAAUCGAACCACCUGUCUAUCCGAUAGUCGAGCAUUUGGAUGAGAAAAUGAACGAUGACCCAAAGCUGCAAGUGGACUACGAUGAUGAUGACGUGGAGGAGGACGUGUAUGAGGACGACACCGAUCAUCAACUGGAUGUUGACGAUGAUGAAGUGGAUGAUGUGCCACUGAGGCGUCGCACGCGCGCCCUGGGCUGCAGCCAAACGCAUCGCAGUGCCGAGUCCGAUGUCGGCGGCAUUUUGGCCGACGACGACGAUGAUGUCUUCAAGGAUUUCGAUGACAAUCUGGAGCACAUACUUAGUGAAUUGCAGCAUACGCAGAGCCAGCUGGACGAUGUGCUCAAGAACUGUGAACUGAAUGGCGGAGGAGCAUGUGGAACAGGAUCAGGAGCAGGAGCAGGAGCCGCAGCUGCUGCAGCAGCUACAACCAUUGCAAAUGCAUCAGCAGUUGCAAACGUUGUUGCUCUGCCAUCGGACGAUGAGGAGACAGACAACAACACGGGCUCGCGUUCCCCUCUGCUCAGCAAUCGACAGCAACAGCUCAGCGCACGGGAGCAAGCGGCCGAGCAGGCGUUGCGGCAAGAGUUCACCCAGCCAAAGAAGCUCCAGCAGCAGCAGCAACAGCAGCCCUUGGAGAUGCGCAGCCAGUUGAUAGGCAGCGAAGCCGACUCUGGCUGUCCGUCCAGCGAUUGCGAGCAUGUGAGCGCCAGUUCCAAGGACCAGCUGUUGCUGCAGGAGCCCGAGCCCGACCGGCAUCUGGAUCACGAGCUUGACGAGGAGCAGCCCUGCACUUCACGCAUGGCUGCACGCAGCCUCGGCGCCAUACCCAAGGUGGCCAAGUACCGCGAAGUGGAUGAACUGCGUCGCCGGCGGGCCAUUGCUGGCGGCGACAGUAGCAAUGAAUUGGCUUUGGUCAAGCAACAGCAGAAGCUGGCCAUGCUGCCAGCUUGCUCACGCAAUUCCUCAUCCUCGAACUCGACGCACAGCAUCAGCUUGACGGAGAGUCUCACGGCUGAUAUACACAAGAUGCUGUGGCUGAUGCACGGCGGCCCAGUGGACGAGCGUGGCCGACCUAUAGCCGCUAUCCUGCCCGAUGGCACCACAGUGCCAGCGAACCCCACAAUCGUUCCACCAAAUAUGUCCAGUGCGCAUUUCCAGUUCUAUCAGGACGCCAUACAGGCACUACAGGGCAGCUACCCCGCCUCCAUGGAUGCGAAACUAGUGUGCGAGCAGCUGGCAGCGGCGGCAGCGGCUGCUGAGGCGCACAACGCAGCGAAUGGACUGACAGCGCCGCCAGCUUCGUUAAUUAGUUGCCGGAUGAUGAGCGGUAGUGGUAACAGAGCAGCAGGAGCAACAGCUGCUGGAGGAGGAGGAGGAGGAGCAGGAACAGGAGCAGUUGCAGCUGGAGGCAGCUCGGCAGCAAGUGCGGCACGCUCCUCGUUUCAAGGCAUGUUCAAUAUGAUGCAAGCAGCUCGCCAAGAACACAACGAUGCGGCUGCAGCAGCCGGGAAUGCGACUGCUGCUGACUCGGCAGUUCGUCAGCAAUCAGGUCAGCAGCAGCAGCAGCAACAGCAACAGCAGCAGCAGCAACAGCAGCAGCAACAACAGCAACAGCAGCAGCAGCUCAGCCAACCAAUGCUGCACGUGGAUGGACCUUUCUCGCCCUACUGCGAUUAUUGGCGUCCCGCUACCUGCCUGCUCUCCGCCGAGAAGCCGCUGGCACCCAAGAGCUUCUACAAGUAUCGCUUCAAGUGGUGCGGGCGGGAGCAUGAGUUUAAGAUUGCUAUGGAUCGCCUGGAGCUGCUGGCACUGUUCGACCGCGACCUGCAUUGGCUGCACGUGCUCUUGGCCUGUGUCUUGUGCACCUUGGUGGCGUGCCUGGGCGCUGCGAUACUCCAGCACAACUACUACAAGGAUCUGUGUGUCCUGCUCUUCUGCUCGGUCAUAGCCGGCGCCCAAUACUCGCUGGUGAAGAGCGUCCAGCCGGAUGCAGCGUCGCCGGUGCAUGGCUUCAACAAAAUCGUCGCGUACUCCCGUGCCAUUUACUUCUGUCUGUGCGGCGGUCUUCUGCUGCUGCUCAAGCAUUUGGAUACGGCGUACGGAGAGAGGCCGCCGGAGACGUUCAUUUUCUUUGGCAUACACUAUUCGCCGCACCACGUGGUUGCCAUGCUGCUGCAGUGCCUCUACGUCCUCCUCCUCUGCUUCCCCAUCAUGUUCUCGGUGGGCUUGUGCCCGCAGUUCAACACGUUUCUUAUGUACCUGCUCGAACAGAUCGACAUGCAUGUCUUUGGCGGGAAUGCGGCGAGCAGCUUAUUGGGGUCCUUCCUCUGCCUGCUGCGCUCCGUUUUGGCUGUCCUGCUGCUGUAUGGUCCCUUGUAUGCUGCCCUGGAUGAGCAUCGCGGCACCCAGUACAUCCUGUUCUCCAUAUUCUGUGCCAUGCUGAUACCUCUGGGCUAUCACAUGUCCAGGUCGGCGAGCGACUUUAGCCACUUGUGGCGCAUCAUCAAGACGUGCAUUGUGAGCAGCUACCGCGACGAUGAGGACGAGUGCCGGCAGCACUCGUACAAGGGUCGCAGGCAGCUGAGCCAGCAAAGGGAGCACGAGCACCGGGAGCAGCAACAGCAUCGCCAGCAGCUGAGCAAACGCCAAUCGACGGAGCCCAGCUCAACGGCGCAACCAACGCCGGUGGCACAGCGAGUCGUCAGGCAGGUGGAGCUCAACUCGCGGUCCAAUAGCAAUGAGAACAUUGAGCUGAGCUCGCUGGGGAAGCACGAACAGCUGCCAGAGCAGGAGCAGGAGCAGGAGCUAGAACAGGAACAGGAACAGGAACUGCAGCUGGAGCAGCUGCACAGCAAAUCGAAAGCCUCCUCUCUGGGCAGCAGCCAAACCUUGGCCAAGAGCAACAAGCGUGGCCUAACGGCCUCCAGCUCGUUUGCCUCGAUUGCAACUGGCCAGGAUGCGAGUGGAGCAGGAGCAGCCGGCGCAGCCGCCAACGCGAAUGGAACUGUUGCAGCAGCUGCUGUCAAAACGACGCGCAGCGCCGAGAAUCUAUAUGCGGCAGCCGUAACUGAGACCAAGUCGCCAACGGAGGAUCCACAAGACGACAAAAUCUCUAGCUCGUCGACAACCAAUCCCGGGGACAUGUCUACUCUGACAGCUGGCGCCAAUACAGCCAAUACGGACAUCGAUGCCACUGAUGCCCUCGACCCAGAGCCGGGGCUAAGCAAUCAACAAGCAGCGCUCGAUCUGGACGCCAGUGAGCUGGAGAACGAGCUGCCGGAUCCGUUGCCGCGCAAGCUUCAGGCCACGGUGACGACUCGCUUGAAGAACGACUUUGUUGUGAUGACUCUGCUGGCUGUCUCAGUCCUGGUGCUGCACUGCAGCACAGUGUUCACCGUCCUCCAGCCGGAUCUCAAUGUGGUGCUCUAUGUGUUCAUCGGCACCCUGGGCGUGCUGCUCCACUACGUGGUGCCACAGAUGCGCAAGCAUAUGCCCUGGCUAUGCUUUGCUCGCCCGUUGCUCCGCCAGAAGGAAUUCGGACAGUUCGAGGUGUUGAAUGCCCCGCAGAUCAUGUGGUUCGAGAAGCUCUACAUCUACUUGAGUGUCCUCGAGCGCAACGUGCUCUUUCCCCUGCUGGCCAUCUCAUCGCUGACAGCGGACGCCCAGUCGAUCGCGGACAAGUUUGGCGUUCCAUGGGGCACGCUCAUCGUGGCCGUUUGUGCCCUCAAAUUUGUGCGUAACUCUUACUCGGAUCCAACCAAUCAAUAUUUGAUCGUCAUAUUCACCGUCCUGCUCUUUCGCAUUGAUUUCGCGAUGGCAACGGAGAGCUUCAUCAUCGACUACUUUUUCGUAUCGCUGGCGUUUCGCAAGUGCUGCGACUUUUUGCUCAAGUUGCAGUUCAUCGUUACGUACAUCGCUCCCUGGCAGAUAACGUGGGGAUCGGCGUUCCAUGCGUUCGCUCAGCCCUUCAGUGUGCCCCAUUCGGCGAUGCUGUUCCUGCAGGCGGGCAUCUCGGCGCUGCUAUCGACGCCGCUGAAUCCAUUUCUGGGCAGCGCCAUUUUCCUCACCUCGUACGUGCGUCCGGUGAAGUUCUGGGAGCGGGACUACAACACGCGGCGCAUCGAUCACUCGAACACACGGCUCAGCUCGCAGCUGGAGCGAGAUCUGGGCGCCGAUGACAACAAUCUGAAUAGCAUCUUCUACGAGCACCUGACGCGAUCCCUGCAGCAUUCGCUCUGCGGGGAUCUUCUCAUGGGUCGCUGGGGCAAUGUCAACCAGGGCGAUUGCUUUGUGCUCGCCUCGGAUGACCUGAACUGCUUGGUGCACAUCAUUGAGCUGGGCAACGGGCUGUGCACCUUCCAGAUGCGCGGCUUGGAGUUCCGCGGCACCUAUUGCCAGCAGCGCGAGGUGGAGGCCAUCACCGAGGACGUGGAGGACAAUGACGGCUGCUGCUGCUGCGAUCCAGGCCAUUUGCCGCGCCUGCUCAGCACGAACGCAAUGUUCUCGACGCGCUGGCUCGCCUGGCAGGUGGUCGCCGCCCAAUAUGUCAUCGAGGGCUACUCCAUCUCCGACAAUCUGGCCAGCGCCACCUUGCAGGUGUUCGAGUAUCGCAAGGUUCUCAUCACCUACUACAUCAAGAGCAUCAUCUACUAUGUGGUACGCAAUCCGAAGCUGGAGCAAUGGCUUGCGGCUGGACCCAUCCAGGAUGCACUGCAGCACACGCUGAGCCGUCAGUUCGUCGAUCUCGAUCCCAUAUUCAAUUUCAACUUGGAUGAGGACUUUGAUUUUCGCGCCGUGGGCAUAACCCGCUCCAGCUUCUGUUACGUGUACCUGAAGUGGAUCAACUAUUGCGUGGACAAGCGCAAGGAGGUGCACACUGCCAAGGAGCCGCCAGCUGCCGCCGCAGCUCCAACCGUUAUCUCAACAGCUCCCACAGGUGCGGCCACAGCUGCCACAGCUGCCACACCCGUCACUUCUGCCUCGGUUUCAGCGUCGGCUCCAGCUUCAGCGGCUGUGCUGGCGCCUGCCUCGGCCAGCGGCUCGAUUGCGACAACCGUUCCGGCUGCCCCGGCUGCUGUGCCCAUUGAGCAGCUGGCCAGCAGCCAGGUGUCAGCGAGCAACACGCCCGCCCACAACGAUUCGAAGAGCACGCCGAAUCUGUCCGCGCACAACGCCUCGAGCACACCCCAAUCGAAGUCUCAGUCGCAGCAGCAGCUGCGCAGCGUGCGGCCGCAGAAGAGCGCCACGAUGAGCGCGACGCCGGGCGUGGUCCAGGAGAGCCGGGACGUGCUCGCCGGCCUCGAUCAGCUGAGCAGCUCGCACAGCUUCGCGAACAUCUCGCGGCAGACGUCGGAGAGUGCGCCCGGGCUGAGUGGCUACGUCGCCUACAUGGAUCAGAAUGUGUUUGUGAAGCUGGCCAAGACGACGCCGGGCAAGAAGGACUCGCCCCGGCUGCAGCAGCCCGUCGGAGCCGCCGCUGCAGCUGCUGCAGCCCUGGCGCAGCAGGAUGGCAACCUGACCACGAUAUUGCCUAGCACAGCGCCGCCGAUACCGCCGAAGCGACCCACCAUCAAGCUGAAGGCGCCCAGCGUCUCGAAGGACGCGCCACUGGUGUCGCUUUGCUUGGCGCUGGGCCUGCUGGCUCGCCGCUCCCUGGCCACGGCCUCGCACAGCUCGCUGACGGGCGUGGAGUUCUUUCUGCACGGGCUGCACGCCCUCUUCAAGGGCGACUUCCGCAUCACCUCGCCGCGGGACGAAUGGGUCUUUGCCGACAUGGAGCUGCUCCACUCGGUGGUGGCGCCCGCCGUCAAAAUGGCCCUGAAACUGCAGCAGGAUCACAUUACGAAUCCCGAUGAGUUCCUCGAUCCGCUAGCCUUGUACGAGGCCAUCGACAGCUGCUCCAAGGAGCUGGUCAUCUCGCACGAGGCAGACCCGCAGUGGCGCAGCGCUGUGCUGCGUGGUGCACCCAAUCUGCUGGCGCUGCGCCAUGUCAUGGAGGACGGCUCCGAUGAGUAUCGCAUCAUAAGGCUGACGAAGCGAUUCCUCAGCUUUCGGGUCAUCAAACUGAACCGGGAAUGCGUGCGUGGCCUUUGGGCCGGACAACAGCAGGAGCUGAUCUAUCUGAGGAAUCGCAAUCCGGAGCGAGGCAGCAUACAGAACGCCAAGCAGGCGCUGAGGAACAUUAUCAACUCCAGCUGUGAUCAGCCCAUCGGCUAUCCCAUCUACGUUUCGCCACUGACCACUUCAUAUGCGGACACCAAUGGACAGCUGUGCCAGGUGAUUGGCGGCGCCAUCACCUUGGACACGAUCCGGCAGACGGUGCUCGAUUGGUGGCAUCGCAUACGGGAACGCUGCCGCCAGGGCUGCAGCUCGGGAUCGGCCAUGGAGGCGUCUAUGCAACAGCUGGGCAAUUGUAAUUUUGGCAGCGGCGGCAGUGUCGUUGGCUCCACUGCUGGAUCGGCGAGUGCCGGAGCGGGAGCAGGGCCAGGGGCAGGCGGUGGGCUGGGAGCAGGAACAGGAACAGGACCAGGCACGGUAGGUGGCCCACCAGCAGGAGUCGGAACUGGUACUGGAGGUACGAUCGCGACAGCCAGCGCACCCGGCACUGCCAGCAGCACAGGCGGCGACUCCUCAGACCUGGCUCCCGUCUUCAUCUCAGCUCCGUUGUACAAUACGCUGACCGUGAAUAGCUACUACGGCGUACGGCCCGGCAAUGUGUCCGGCUUGCCUGGCAGCUAUGUGGGCGACACUCUGGCCGUGGUGCGCGGCGGCCUGGCCGUGAUGCCUGUGAAGCCAACGUCGACCACGCUCAUCGCUGGACUGCUGAAUCGUGAACGGGAGCUGGAUGGCACGGCCUCCACAUCGGCGCCCGGCUCCACGCUGCGCGCCAGCAGCAGCAGCAGCAGCGCCCCCGGCGUGAGUGGGCAACGCACCCGCAGUGGCAUCACCCUGCAGAGCAGCGCCCGUCGCGCCACGCUGCCCAUUGCCAGCGGCGCUGCCGUGGACGUCGAGGCGCUGCCGCCAGCACAUGCAACGCACUUGGAGCUCAGCGAACAGGAGAUUAGUCCGCGCUCCAACAAGCUGUCCUCCUCCUCGACGGGCAGCUUGGGCGUCGGCAUGGGUGUGGCCAACAUCAUAACCACGCCCGGCGACUAUCCACGCAAGACCAAGGGACCCAUUUGCCUCAUGACCAAUGAAUCCUCAUCAGCCAGCACGAGCGCCGGCACCGCCGUGGCUGCGACUUCCGCCGCUGCAGCAGCGCAGCUGACGCCGCGCAAGCCGCGCAUCGAGAUCUACAGAAAGGUCAUAAUUGUGGACGAUUCGGGGAUCUAUGACUGCCUGGAUAUUAUAGACGCCGUCGUGUGGCCCACCGAUCAUAUGCGCGCAAAUGGCGGUCGUCUUAGCUGGAAGGACUGGGAGCCGAGCACUGGCAUGGUGGGUCAUGUGGUGCACGUGUGGGUGCCCAAUCACAAGGAGGAACUGUUUCGCUCCCACGUCAAUCGCUGUGUCUAUCUGAUCGAGAUCGGGGAGCACUACGUGCCCGUGGAGGAGUUGGGCUUGCGCGAAUAUAACCAAAUCUUGGGCAGCAGCACUGAGGAGGUGGCCACCUCCAGGCGCAGUUCCGUCCAACUGGACUUCAAUGAGUACUCAAGGCAGGUGAUGCUGGCCAGGCAGACGACAGCGACAACCACGUCGGCGUCCUCGUCCAGCAGGCCUCAGCACAAGCCACAAAUUCGAGCUGUGAGCAGCAGCAGCAGCGAGGACGAGGAUGAGAUUAUGGUGGACAAUGGCCCUGGAGCGGCAAGUGGAUCUGCGGCUACAUCAUCGGCUGCAGCCGCAGCUAUAGCUGCAUCUGGUGCUGGUGGAGAUGCCUUGACGCUACCACCUGGUGUUAAUUUCAAUACGCUGCUCAACAUGUGGAAACUGAUUGCUGAUAAGAAGAAGCAGGCGAUCAAUAUAGACACGACAGAGCCGUUUGCUGCCAUCGAUUAUACGGGUGAGCUGCCGCCGGAUCUGAUGCGUCAGCUGGAGGAGAGUCGCAUGGCCAAGCAGCAACUGCUUGAGGAGCAGCAGGAAGAGGAGUUGCGCAAGCAUUUGCAGAAGCUGGAGGACGAGGCGAACGCCUUGGCUGCCGAACAAGCGCUGCAUCCCAUUACGAUAGAGACGCCCCCAUCCAACGAUGAGGAGCUGUCGCUGGAGGUGAGUGGAACGCCGACGCCUAUGAGCACUGGCUCAGUAACGACGCCAACACCGCCAGCGGAGGAAGAGCCAGCGGAGAAACAGGAGCAGCAACCAGAGCAGCAUGAGGAGGUGCCGCGAGAGCAGGAGGAGAAGCAGGACGAGAUGGCAGAGCAGCCAGCUGGAGAGGAGCAGCAAGCUGAGUCAGAUAAAGAUGAGCCCAAGGCACAGACACACAUGGUCAGCGAACAGCUGCAAGCAGAACACGGAGAAGAGGAAGAAGACGGCAAUUACGGCGUUGCAUGCUAA